AUGGUCCAAACCCGACCGAAACGCAAUGCGAGCUAUGCGUCGAACCGCUUGACGAAGAACAAUGGACCGCAGAAUAGUCUCUUGUCGAAUUUUAGAAGACCAGACAAGGACGUUGAGACGGAUACUGUGAAGGCUGAGAAGGACGAAAAACCUCCCAAACCGGAACCUGCCACGGACGAUGAGCCCGUCAGCUCCAGCGACGAGGACACCAAGCUCGGUGCGGAGACCGAGUCGGAAGAUGAAAUCAGACCCCGCGCGUCGGAGGAGAAGCUCGAGGACAAGAUGGCAAAGAGCUCGCCGAAAAGCGAAAAGGAGCUAGGAACCCCUCGUUCCGGGAAAUCGCCGCAGAAAGGACGCAAAAGGGCCGCAACGGGCCCAGCUCCCCUGGAUAAAGAUGAUGAUGGCAUGUUUCUGGAAUGGAGAUCGUCGCAACCCAACAAAAGACGUAAAUCGAACAUAUACCCAUCCAAGAGUCACCGCCCCUCCGAUGUCAGCGCCAGAGAGCCGCGUUCGAGUAUGGCUUCUGCGAAGUCGGAAACGCCUCCUGCGAGUGCUCGCAAGGCAAAACCUAAGGCAGGCAAGAAGGCGGGGACCACAUCGGCGAAGAAAACAGAAAAACCGAAACCUGAAUUUAAAGUCCCGAUUGGCGCCGAUAUCGAUAGCCCUAAUUCCAGUUCCAAGACUCGGUCCCAACCCGAGUUCAAGGUGCCACCGUUCCCUACGGAUGGGAUAUCGAGCUCUUCCUUCGCUACUUCGUCUGCUCGUGAACCACCGACUUUGGACUUUGACGACGAUGACUCUCCUCUCAGCACACCCCUUAGCUCUGCUUCCUCGACAUUCAUGCGACAGUUCGACCUGGACGAUGAAAUGCUCGCCGUGAAGGAUGAGUUAGAACAAGUUGAAUCCAAAGAAGGAUCAUUCUGCCCGAUGUGCAAGCAGGCCGUGGACCCAGAACUCCUGAUGCGGUUUCAAAACCAACCAAGACAACGGAUCCGCGAUCAGAAGCGAUUCUGCGAGUCGCACAAGCAGCAGUCUGCCGAAUCGGAGUGGCAGGAGAAGGGGUAUCCCAGCAUUGACUGGGAUAAAUUCGACGGCCGCAUCAACGGUCAUUUCGACUACAUUGACACACUCUUGUCCUCCCAGAGUCCUUCCUACUUCAGGAACAUCUUAGACACCACCAUGAAGUCUGGCAAGGCGCAGAAUUUCCGACUGACACUCGCUGGAGACGGUCUGGAGAGGAUCUCUUGCGGCUAUUAUGGCACCCGGGGUGCCGAUAAAAUGCUCCACGCGCUCACCUCGCGAUUCUCCCACAAACUUCGUCGCCUAGCGGCGAGUGACCAUAUAGUCAAGACUGCCGGCGUUGUGGGCUACACUCAAGCCGUGCUUGUCCCCGAAUUGGCUGUCCAGCUCGUCAAAGAAGACAUGGAUGUCAAUGACGAGUCCGCGCGACAGAUCUUGCGCGAAAGUAUCGACAUCGGCGAGAAAUUCAAUUUUACGCUAAACGACAAGGUCUCGGUCCCCGAAGAGGAACCGGAAGAGAACGCGAUGGUCACGGCGGAAUAG